AAGCUAAAAAAAGAUGUCAUACAGAGGCGGGAUAUGAGUAAUAAUUACACCACGGAGGGUAAUCAGCUGUUGCUCAUCGUUACUCCCUCGAACCUUGGGACAGUGGACAGGCAGUCGCCCACACACCGCUGCCGCCGCCGUUCCACCUCCUCUCGCCUCUGUCAAAGCCUGGUGACGGACGCCCCUGCGGCCCGUGGCUUCAGGAGGAGGCCGGAGCCAAGGGUUGAAGGGUUUGCAAAGAGCGAAUGUGUGUUCAACCAGUCAAGUCAGGCCUCACACAAGAACCGUGAAUCAUCUGCUUCAGCGGGCAAUCAAAGGGAUCAGGAGAGAAGAGAUGCCUGAGGUGGCACAUGAUGGGGACACCGAGGGACGAAACAGAGAUGAGAAAAAGGAGGGCGACGAGAGUGAAGGGCAGUCUAAUGUCUCUAGAAAAAGGAACAACGAUGGUGAGGUGGAGGCAGGUUAUGAGAACGUGAAAGACUUCGGGAUAAAGUACGACUGGGUGGAUAUUGAAGAAGUAAGGGAGGAGGACGACUACCAAGAUGACGACGACGAUGACAAUGAAUACGGCGACAGUGAUGGAGAAAAUUAUUGGAUCAACAGGACUCAGAAGAAGCGAAGUGAAGAAGAGAAGGAGUACAUGUGGAUCAGUGAAAUUGACAGGAAGACCUACCUGAAGGUGAUGACACCGCAGUACUUGCUUCUGGAAGUCAGGUCAACCUUGCCCAUGCAGGUCCAGCAUGUCAGGAUGGCAGUCACACACCUGUCAAAAGUUUGGCUGUGGUGGGGUGUUGGUGUGAGGCACCGAGGACAGGAGAGGAUGCCGUGGCUCUGUGUGGCACCAACCCAACGCCCAAUACUGCAGGUGUGCAGUGCUGACGAUGAUGAUGAUGAUGGGGACAAGCUAUGGGACCUAGUGAACCAUCAACAGUGGAAGCACACCCAUGUGGCUGAAGGAGUACUGUCUUCAGUCACUCUCAUCACUGACCCCUCGCAGGUUGCUGCCGCUGCUGCUGCUGCUGCUGUCCCUCACCGUGAUAGGAACAUUAACAGCACUACUGAAGCCAUCCCUCUCAUCACUGACCCAUACCCAGCCCUUGCCUCCACCACAGCUGAGGUGGAUACGCAUGUUACUUCGUCCUUGGGUACAACAGCGAGGAAUGAUGUGCCUGACUUGCCCCACAAAGCCUACCUCAUGCUGGGUGUGCCUCGCCCCUUCUUGGAGGAUGCAUCAGCCCAGACCAUUUGUCGUACACUCAUCACCCUCCUGGAUGACGUGGUGUCUGGCAGUAUACAGGAAGACUACCACCCAGCAGAAAAAUCUGGAAGUCUUGAGAGGGAAGCAGAGGGUGUUGAGAAUCCCAGUCUUGAGGUGUGGGUGGUGGAGAGGCUGCAGGCAGGGAUUGAGGCGAGGGGAGAAGGGAGUGAGAGCAACGUUGGGACUGUGAACGAGUGUGACCAAGAUGAGGAAAAUGAGCAUGACACACGAGGCUAUGUGCAGAGGACCUUCGACUCAGUCACCAGCCGUAACUUUAUUAACAGGUGCAAGGCAGAAAGGGUGAGUUAUGUUAAUGGAUUUGCCACUUGUGUGAGUGCUGCAGCUGCCGCUUUCUUGUGUGGGGCUGAGGGCGGGGCACGGGGACAGCGGGUGGUGACACGGCAGCGAGUAUGUGAACACCUCGACUGGCCCACGGCGACCCUGGAGUGGCAUGACGGUGACCCUGAUGAGGACCUCGCCUCCCAGGCACCCAGCAGGCCACCAGGUGUAACCAUUACUGCUCCCACCACAGAGGAUGAAGUGGAGUUUUGGGAGGCGGCACGGCAGGUGAGCAGGCAACGGUGGGAGUCUGUGGCAGGGGACAGUAAGGGCGCUGGGCUGCACAUUCUUCACGGCUUAGUGGGUGAAGACAGUGAGGAUGACACGCCCCUUCCUCGCUACCCGAUGGUGUGCCUCCGCCUGUGCGACAUCCACGGGGAUGAGGAAGGUCCCACCCCCUCGGUGCUGCAGGCUGGGGGUGUGUUUGGCGUGGGGCCCCACUCCCUUUCACCACCCCGACAUUUCCUCAUCACACACACUGUCAACCUUCACCUGGAGGAGGGCACUCAGAUCCUUAGCUUUUCACUGCACCACUCCACUCUCUUUUUCUCGCCGGAGACGGGACGAAGCUUUGCUGACGAGAUCGAGGCAGCCCUCAAGAACUCCCUGCGAAGGCGGUGAUAAGGCUGAGGCUGCUGCAGGUGUGAGCAGCUCGUCCUUCAGGGCGUCACUUAAGUGCCAAUCUACUUAACUGAUGUACGUGGGGAGUGAGGUAAUAUAAUAGUUAUUCAUGUAUACAAAAGGGUGGUUGUCGUUUGCGAGUGAACACACCCAGCGCAGGUGUGGUGGCUGUGCGGCAAGGCAGCAGCUUCUGUGAUAGUGCUAUAGGGCAUGUGGUGCUGCAGCCUGCCCUGAAGACUGAAUUAAAAAGAGGGGGGGGGAAUCUGAAAAUGUGAAUCUCACCUAGUCAUUGGUAAGGCACAAAUGUGUAGCUUCACGAGGAGCAGUACACACACACACACACACACACACACACACACACACACACACACACACACACACACACACACACACACACACACACACACACACUUCUGUUUGAGGGUUGGCAGCCAUGGGCUGAAAACAUUCAGUCUGUGUUCAGUCCAUGGCAACAAACUCUCAAUAAACCAUUAAUUAUUAUUAUUAAAUAUAAUUAUCACACACACACACACACACACACACACACACACACACACACACACACACACACACACACACACACACACACACACACACACCUCGUGGGGCAUAACAAGGUGUGCUCUGCCUGCGGUGUCUUGCUUAUUAAAAGAACAAGUGACACUAUUUUUCUUAAGUGACGGGAAGCCUUAUUGGUGCCGUGCCGUUUUUCACUGGUGCUGUUUAAUUAUAGUAACUCAACUGACUUAAAAAUAUAUUCAAUAAAGCAUUUACAAAAUA